AUGACUUGUUGAAGUUGAAGAAAAACUAUAAUUUCGUUCAGGAUCUUUGAUGUACUGCUAUUUAUGUAUUGUUCUACCGGUGCUACAGUUUUAGCCCUUAGAAUAAAAAAUCCGAGUGCAGAAAUAUUUAUAGGCUUGAUUGUUUUGUUUGCCAAUUUGGGAUGAAUUAUGAUAUCAACUCUAAUGAUAAUUAUAGGCAAUCCUGGCUAUAUUCCUUCGGAUUGCCAAAGAUAUAUGAUUCCAGCUGAUAAGAAGUUUAAACCAUCAAGAUAUAUUGAUAAAACAGACUUAGAAAAAGCUAGGAUUCAUAAUUGCUUAUAUUGCCGAGUUAUGCAACCCCCUAAAACUAGCCAUUGCUCUGUAUGCAAUAAGUGCGUUCAAUUUAGAUAUAUCCACCUGAAUAUCAUAAAAAAGUGUGUUGGUUUAUACAAUAUCAAACUAUAUUUUAUAUUCUUGGUAAACGGCUUAAUUUGCUCAGGUAUGUGUAUAAUUCUUAGUUAUACGAUUAUGAUGAACGUCAUAACCCCUUUUAUAAACCUCAACUUUGUUUUUAUUUUUAUGAUUUCUGUUAUCUAUUUGGUCAGAUUUAUAUAUGAAGUUUGAAAUUUAAUGAUUUUUAUGGCAGAUAGAAAAAUACCUCCGAUUAACGAUGCUUAUAACAUAUUUAGGACAGAUAGCUGAUAUAAAAGCUUUAAAUUUGUUCUAGGCAAGGUCUAUUUGUGGCUGAUUCCUAUUAAAAUAUCAAAAAAGAUGGACUACACAGUUCCAGUUAGAUUGAGGACAUCCUUUGGCACUACUAUAAAAGUUAAGAAUAAAUAUGUAAUAAAUUAA